AACGUUAAACCCUUUAUCGUGUCAUAUGUUGCAUUUCUAGCAUUAAAGUUUUGGUCUGAGCAGUUAAUGUUGAUUUACAUGAUUGGAAAUGACUGUGAUCGGGCUCAAUACUGCCUCUCGGGUUUCCCAUGAUGCAUCGCUUUAUUUUGUCUAGUAGCUCAGGGAGAUGAUAGAAAACUGACACAGCCACCCCCGAGCCACCCUCCCCUCUCACCCGACCGAGGCGAGCCACUGACGGCAUCACCAACAUGACCCGCAAGGCAGAACGCACUUAGCCGGUGUGGCUAGUCUGUUUAACCAUCUACAACCGUUUUCAGGACACUCGACGCGCGCAUAUUUUAGCCAUAAGCUAGCUUGUUUGCGGUUCUGUUAACUGGACAGCUCCUCCCUGGACAGCAGCCGCACACAACAUUAGCUACAAGGACAGCCUUUGUGAUGACCGUACCGAAUGCAGUCCAGGCAUCCAGUAGUGCUCAGGUUGUGAGACUGGUGUGUGGACAUAAUCAGCCAUGGCAUCAGCAAAUGUCACGCUGGAAAAUCAGCUGCAGAGUGCACAGAAGAACCUGCUCUUUCUCCAGCAGGACCACGCCAACACACUGAAGGGCCUUCAUGCAGAGAUCCGCAGAUUACAACAGCAAUGCACAGACCUGACAUAUGAGCUGACUGUGAGAAGCUCUGAUUCCACAGACAGCAGUGAGGUCCGAUGCAAGGAGCUGCAGAGGAGGUGUGAGGAGCUGGAGGCCCAGUUGAAGAAGAAAGAGGAGGAGAACACAGAGCUGCUCAGAGACCUUGAGCAGAAGAAUGCCAUGAUCUCUGUUCUGGAGAACACCAUUAAGGAGAGGGAGAAGAAGUACCUGGAGGAGCUGAAGAUGAAGAGCCACAAGCUGGCUGUUCUGUCUGGGGAGCUGGAGCAGAGAGCAAGCACCAUUGCAUACCUUACCUCACAGCUGCAUGCCACCAAGAAGAAGCUGCUAGCUGGCAGUUCGUCUGAGGCCAGCCCCAACGUCAGUCCAGUCACUUCAUAUAAGCCCACACCUCCUCCGGCCAAGGACAGGCAGCCUGAGACUCCACGGCGUCGCAUGAAGAAGAGUCUCUCCCAGCCUCUUCACCCAGAGCUGACCGAGGUGUAUCGGCUUGGCCCUGACGGUAGACGUCUGGUUUUACGAGAGACGGUGGACGCCAUGCCCGACCCCACGCCCUUCCUGCAGGCUGGAAGAGAUUCACCUGAACCGCAGGUGGUGCGAGAGCGGCCUGCUGUUAUACCUCCUAUUGCCUCUGAGCGCUCCCCCAUCUCUCCCCUGGGUGCUAUGGCCAGUCCUCGUCACAGCCCCGCCCGGGACCGUCAGUACAGGGCUCAUGUAGGCGUGGCACACCGCAUCCCUCACGGUACCCCUCCCCUGGCCCCGCCGCAAGCAGAGCUGGAGACACUGGCAGUGGACCAGGUCAAUGAGGAGAAGGUUGUGCGAAAGCGUUCGGGAGCUGACAGGACAGUUUAACACUGCAACGCUAACACGCACAUAAAACACACACACACAUCUACUGUAUACACACUACACUGCAAGAGCAGGAAGGAGCCUGACCCACUGUGUAGCCCGCUUUUUAUGCAACACUGCAAUAUAAAGGAAAAUACAAAAUGAUCAUUUUGUUCAUGGUAUUCCAUGCAGACUUUUCUUUAUAUACAUUAGAAAUAUAAAGCAUGCCAAAUGUUUCUUAUUCACGGCCCGUUGUUGAUCUUGUAUUAUACACAUGUUGACUUUCACAUCAUUCUGUCUCAUGUGGUGAGAAAAACAAACUCUCAGCCAAAUAUCUGCAUCAGUGCCUGCUUGACUGGGUCAACCAUACACAAGCUGAGUAGUGUAGUAAUGGCUAAUAGUUACCUUUACGUAUCUCUGUCUGCUCCAUCAAGUCAAAUGUACUCCGGACAUAUCAACAAACUAUAUAAACAACAUGUCUGCAGCUUCAUAGAGGGUAAAAUUUAAAUUAUUAAACUAAUCCCCCCCCUCCACUUUUAUCUUCUUUUAUAUCAGUUUAAUAACGUUACUGUAGGUACAAGCUACAUAAUGUGCAAUUGAAGUUUGCUGUUGAAAGGUGAAAGAGCUUUAAAUUCCCCUUUCUGUUGUUGAAUAAAUGCAGUAUGAAAUGAA